CCCGUGCUCGGUCCGAGAGAGAGAGUGUGUGGGUGCGCGCGUGUGUGUGUGUGAAAUCCAUGUGUGACCGCCAGCAGUCCACACCCACCCCCGGCUUUCGUGUGUUCUCCUCCAGCCUCCCUCCCUGACUCACCGUGUGCGGCUUCUUUCUACCGUGUUCUGUCAGAAUGGAUUAUGUGAGUGUGAUGUUCGUCGUACAGCUCGUGGCUUCGGUGAUCACAGCCGCGCUAGCGUUCGACUACUCCUGCUACGUGUGUGAGUCGAGCGACCUGACCAGCCAGGGCAGGAGCACCGGCUGCCCCUCAUACGCCGCAUGCUGCCAGGACCCCUUCCAAGACGCCCAGCACGCGGUCACCAUGGAGACGAGCUGCCGUUACUGCAUCAAGGCCAAGUAUAGUUGGAAAGAUCGGCCGGACCAGUACACGAACCGCUACUGCUACAACGACGUGAACCAGGACGAGGAGAAGCAGGGACCGCGCCUAGUCAAUCAUCUGCUGGGUUUCCAGACGCAAAGCUCGACCGAGAUCCU